AUGGCUGAGGCCAAGUUUGUGGGUUAUCUGAGAAGUAAAAAUGGAUCCAGAAAGAAGACACAGCGGAAUGCGACCACGAAAAAACGGCAAAGCAAGGACCACUUCAAGAACCGCGAGUCACUGAAGGAUCGAGAGAAUCGCUCAAGCCAACGGUGUAGUAGAUAUUUGAUCCUGAAUGGUUGUAACCAUACGCUCACCGAAGACUACAUCGCUGUAACAAAUGGCAACAGGAGCCUAGCCCUCUUCACACAACACAAAGGUCACAGUUACGAGUGGGCUCUUCUCGUAACCCACGGCCACCUAAAGCAACAAAUGUUGGCUUUUCUUCAUUUAAGCUGCAAAGGAUCAUCCACUAUUUCGCACACCUUGGUAGGGACCAUCCAACAUGUUCACUAUUACCAGCUGAAGAAGGAUAUAUGCGGAGCAAUCCUCAUGGGACCUGCAGCAACGUUGCCAAAUCUUCAAACGGCACGUAAACCACGACGCGUAACGGAGCAUGCACAUUUGAAAGAAAAGCGAAGAUACGCCGAUCUGUGGAAUCGCGUUGAUAAGUCUAUCCCGUGCGCCGUGGAUCAGCCGCCGAGUGAGACGCUACCGACAGGCCUCUGGGACGAGUUUCUGGAUUUCUGCGACGAUCUAGCGCCAUCGAUUAAAGACCACCAGCUUUGCUGCGAUGCCGGCCAGUUUCAAACACUUAAGAAAGAAAUGCGAUCAGCAGAGGUGAUUGGAAUAAAGCGUUGUCCUGGGUGUUACCGCGCCUUCAAGAAUCUCAUGUGCCAAAUGACUUGUUCACCAAAGCAGGCCGAUUUCAUAGUCGUCAAUGCUACUAGGAAUGAUGAUCGCGGAACUGGGCCGGCGCUUCAAGAAAUCGUUUAUGGCCUUGACAAGGAAUUUGCAGAUGCGCUCUUCAACACGUGUAACAAAGCCCGUUCCAACUUAUACGUGAAACUUACCACUCUUAUGUGUGGCCAGUAUACGAAUAGGUGCUCUGCGACUAAGUUUCUAAGCUUCCUUGGAUCUACGGACACCGAAGGCGGUUACAGUCCAUUCAGAAUUCGUCAUUUGCUUUUAAGUGAUGCUAAUCGCACACUUAAAGUUAAAAGUUAUCUUGGAAGCGAAACAACAUUGCACAGACAGCAAUGGAAAUUGCAUAAUACUUGUAAAAUUGAAGAUUCAACAUAAACGCUUAAUUCGCACUUCACUUGGAUGUAAUGCAGCGAGAAUAAAUAUAUCAUUACAUAUAUUCUGUUAAGUCUAUUGGCUUUGAUUAAAAGGUGAACGCGCUUAUUACUGAAUGAGUGAUGCUUAUUCCGUCCCCUUCCCCUCCAAAGAUCACACUGAAUCAAGAUGAGCAUACUAAGAAUAUCUUUUUAAUGCAGAACUUCGCUGCAAACUAUACUGGAACAUGAACCAAAAUAGCCACUGGACACUAAUUCAUUUUUUUUUAUUUCAUUUACUAUGAUCGUUACAAUCCAUAAAAUUGCUCCAAUGUAAAAAAAAAUGCGCACUAAGCUACUUCUCCUGGAAUCUUGCAACGGAAGUUCAUUGUACUGUUUAAUAGAAUAUUCUAAACAAAAUAAAUCUCAAUUUGGCAACGUCUUAUCAUUUGAUAUUCUAGAAGGGAGUCAGGCACCACAAGAUAUACACGAUUGUUACGCAAAGACACGAGGUUAUAAAAUGGCGUUCUGUAGACUCUGUAAGUCCUUGGGAAGUCUUCUCUACUAGGUCAAGGCUAAUUUUCUUCUAUUUUCUAGUUAAGGUGUAUUUGAAUGAAACACCGACAAGGCUAAACCCAUAUACACUGCAAAUUCACAAAAUAUUAUUAAAAUACUUUGUGAAUUUAAGGGGGAAAUCUUUUUAAACACUUUGUCAGCGGUUUAGGUGCCGAAUCAGGGUCAUGACCGCAGUAAAUGGAUAGAAGACUGAAUAGCCACAUUCGUGAGGGAUAUUUCGGUCAGAACACGAAGAGCAUUUAACUCAAAUACUUUUUUUCAUAUAAAAAAAGAUUUAUGUGCACCUCGGUUAACGUCACUUCGCUCAUUAUUAUACAUUGGGAGGCAAAUAGACACCAACUCAAUUAUAUUAGAAAUAAUUAUAUUUCUACAAUUAAAACUUUCUACUGGAUUCCUUUUUUAACUGUGACUUUUAGUUAAUCUUAUAUGUAGUUUAAAAAUGGAAUACCGAAAUAAUGAAGAAAAAACAAGUUCUCUUCUCAUUAUUACUUGGUUGAUUUCUCGUAAUAAUAAGACUUGCAACUAUAACAAACUUUUCCAUAGCUGAAAACCGCUUGUCGUAUUCUUACAUACUCCUAUGUACAUUUUAUAUGCGCAGAUCGUUUAUAAAACAAUUUUGAAAGCUAAGUAUGGCCUCCUAAAAUUUUUAUUUUGUUAAUAAAAAGGAAUUUGCCUAAAGAAUUAUAGAAGGAAAUUAGAAAGUUAAUUUGUGCAUGCGUAUCUCAACUUGAUAUAAACUCAUUUUCUUGUUAUGAUUCGUAAAAAUUUAUAUUGGUUGCUUGAUGUAGGCCUAGAUAUUGAAAAGCAAUUAGCAACCGCGUCCUGCGUGCCCUUCACCCAUUUUUUCAGACGUCUAAACUCCUAAUUUUCGACAGUGUCACAGACUCGCGAUGCCUACGCAGACUUCAGAUUACCGACCAGAACAGAGUGCAUCUUUUAAGCUAAAAAUUUUGUUUAUCUUGGAAUUGAUGAACCACUUUAGAACAGUCCUGCCAGUUACAAAAUCCUCGCCGCACAACGAACAAAUAUUAUAAGCUGCGUGGGGAGAUUUUUCACAUCGGUAAAAAGCGAAAGAGGAUGGCAGUAAGUGUUAAAAAAACAACGAGGGUAAAGGAAAACCUUUCAAAGACGAUAUAUAUACAUAUAUGACGGAUCCGCAAGCUUUGCCCCGCGCCUUUUUUCCUAUUGACUAAUUUACUUAACAUGAUUCGUUCAUGUUAUUUUACGUGAACUAUAGGUCGCAUAUACGUCAAGAGAGAGCCCGUUGCAAUCACUCCUUCUCACCUAACCCAUUACUCCUUUACAGUGGCACUUCAACCUGUUCGAAUGCAAACAAAUUCGAUCCUGCCAGAUAUUUACAUUUAUUUGAUUCAAUAAAUCUACGUAAGCAACGUUUGUCCUUCUUGUGCCGUUAUCUUAUAAAAGUGUUCUAACUUGUAUUGUACCCAGGUUAACAUAAACUAUUGUUCGAUCGCAGGUCUACAAUACUGUAGGUUAAGAUCUUCUUAAAGUCAGUUACAAUAAUCAUAUGCCAUCUACCUUAGUGCUAUAGUUAUUCUGAUAGAGACUUUACAUAAGUGCACUGCACGCAUCCUACUGCUAAAAAAAGCUAACUAAACUCGACAAAAUGCCAAAAUUGUACAUUGGCCGUACAAGAAACGCCAAUAUUAAACUUUAUUUAACUUAAGCUUCGUACACUUGUGUAACUAUUCCAACUCUUCCAUUAUAAUCUCGAUAUCCUGCUGCAUUUAUCUUGUCUGCGUAUUUUAAUUAAUUAAUUAAAUUUGAUGAAUUUAAUAACCUUAUUUCCUAAAAAGUAUUUAUCCAACAGAAAAGUAUGAACCACAUGUCAACCAUUCCACGUAUUAAU